ACGGUAUGACGACCAUCCAAAGCACAGCUCGCAACUUCACAAGUCACAACACCGUGCUAGCUCGUCCCGCUCCCCUCUGAUCACCGCACCACCCCAGCUAGCCCCCAUGGCGCCCACGGCGGCGGGAGCCCGAGUGCCCCUGGCGGUGACUGUCUUCGUGGCGGUCGUGUCCAGCAUGCUGCUGGCGCCCGCGGCGGCUGACCUGGACGGUGACCGUGACGCGCUCAUGGCCAUGCGGAGCGGCCUGCAGGACCCUGACGACGCACUGUAUACCUGGACCCCGGAGCUAAAUACCUGCGACUGGUCCUAUGUCACCUGCGACGGCCAGGCCAACCGCGUCACCGAGAUAAAAAUCGGCCAUAAGAACCUGUCCGGACCUCUACCGCCGGAGCUCGGCAAGAUGGACCAGCUAAAGAAACUGUGGAUCUCGUGGACCAACAUCCAAGGAACGAUCCCUGAAGAGCUGGGCGACUUGGAGAAUCUGAAGUCCCUGCACUUGCACAACAACACCCUCUCAGGGCAAAUACCUGCAUCGCUCGGGAAACUCAAGUCUCUGGAACAGCUGCACCUUCAACAGAACCGCUUGACCGGCCCGAUCCCAAGCGAGCUGGCCGGGCUGCCCGAUCAGAUGAGUGUGGAUCUCUCAAGCAACGAUCUCUGCGGCCCGAUUCCGACACACGGACCGUUCAACAACAUCCACCCCCCGAACGGCCUCGCCGACAACCCGCGGCUGGGCGGCAACUGCUAGACCGACGAACGGCGGCCCGCCGGAGUGAAGAAUAAACUGGCAGCAUUGCAGCCAGAGAAGCCGGCGGCGCAGUUGCAUUCGAGAGCGAGGUUAAUUUAGAUGCGUGCCAGUGCAGGCAUGUUAAUUUAUGUAUGCUGUGUGCAAGCCGAGAUCGACGGUCGUUGUGGGCUUGUAUCUGGCUGUUGCCAUACGUAAUAGAUGAUAUUAAGUUGCUGCUC